AUGUGUGCUCCAGUUUUUACUGAGCAGGAAUUUACUGCCCUCAGCACCGUGGAUGCAUAUAUCCGAGCCACCCGGGACGGACUUGCUGGAGUUGCUCACCUGUUUUCAAAAGAUAUGCAGGUCCUCAAAGAGAAGAACGAUGCGCUGUCCCAGGAGCUUGAAACAAGCUGGACAAAGCUACAUGCCGCCACCUUAGAGCUAGAGGAAAUGAAGAAAGUCACGAUGACCAGUCUGUUAACCGGGCGACAUGAAGAAGAAGUAUCCGGAUUUCAAGGCGACGUGCUAAAAGAGCUGUCCGUGGUGCAUGAGCGGGCCCGGAAAGCCACGAGAAGGCUUGUCGAGGAGUUCGUCAAGAACGGACCUGUAUUCCGCAAAGGGUUUGUUUUUCUUGCCGACGGGCUGAUGAUCGGAUGCCUCUCGGCCCCGCGCCCCACCCCUCUCUCUCCCCUCUCUCUUUCUCCCUCACCUCACCCGUGCCCGCCGUCCCCGUGCCCGCUGCCCCCACCCCCGGCCACCAUCGCCCCCGACACCCCCGACACCCCACCGCCCCCGCCGCCCCCGACCACCAUCGUCGCCGACGCCCCGGCGCCCCACCCCCGUCGCCGCUCUGCCCCCGACGGCCCGACCACCACCGCCCCCGAUGCCCCCGCCGCCUCGGUGUCCCGGCGCCACGCCGCUCAGGCCGCCCGCCGCCCCGGUGCCCUGCCGCCCGUCGCCGCUCCGCCCCCCGCCGCCAGGCGCCGCUCCGCCCCCUGCAGGUGUUGA